UAUAUAAAAAAUUAGUAGUCAAACAACAGCGAUCCUGAUUGGCCCCUUGAUGUUGUUUGUAGCCAAUGAAACUGCACAUCACUGCCACGCCGAAGACUGUCAAGGUAACAGCAGAGAUUUGAUUUCAUGGGGCGAAAAAGGAGCUGCCAAAGUUUACACUGGAGUGAAAUUUGUGUGGAAAUGACAAGAAAGUGACCCAGCCAGCAGCUGUGGUAUGAAUAAACAGUUUCAAACGGGAUAAUUUCCGGACCGGUCUUCAGUUUCGCUGUCUUUAAAAACAAAACAGUUCAUGUUUUAAAUACAACUAAAUGCAUUCUCCAUAAACUGAGUGACUUUGACUUUUUAGAAAUGGGAGAGAAUGAGAAUGACGAUGGAGAUCAGUGCAAGUAUCCUGCUAUUAUUGGGAGUGAAAUUCGUUCCCGCCUGCAGCAGUUUGUGGAGGAGAGGAUGCAGACCACCAUGCUGACGGGCAUAUUGAUCAGUGCCGUGGUGGCUGUGUGUCUGAUAGGAAUCUCUGUGCUUUUCUUCUACCGCAGAUAUAAACUGGCGAAUCAACAGGCUGGUGUUCCUCGCUAUCGCUUCAGAAAAAGAGAUAAAGUGCUCUUUUACGGCAGGAAAAUCAUGAGAAAGGUCCAGACCUUGUCCUCGACACCAUCCUCCUCUUCGGUGUCUAAGCAGCGCUCUCGGAAGAGGCCCAAAGUUCUUAGUAUAGCACGCAGGAUCUUGCGGAUCAGGAAGGAGCCGCCCACUUUGCAGCCCAAAGAGCCCCCUCCCUCUCUCCUGGAGGCAGAUCUCACUGAAUUUGACGUGCAGAACUCAAACCUGCCCUCAGAAGUGCUCUACAUGCUCAAGAACGUCAGGGUACUUGGUCAUUUUGAGAAGCCUUUGUUUUUGGAGCUGUGUCGGCACAUGGUGUUUGUGGAGCUGCAGGAGGGAGAGGAGCUGUUCAAGCCCGGGGAUGAUGACGACAGCAUUUAUGUGGUUCAGGAUGGAAGGCUGGAGCUUUGCAUUCAUGAGAUUGAUGGCACAGAGCCUGUGGUGAAGGACGUGCUGCCCGGGGACAGCGUUCACAGUCUGCUCAGCAUUCUAGACAUCAUUACAGGUUAUCCUGCUCCCUAUAAGACUGUGUUUGCUCGUGCGGCGGUCAGGUCUACCAUAUUGCGUCUGCCUGCCUCAGCAUUCCAGUCAGUGUUUGAGAAAUACCCAGAGACUCUAGUGAGAGUCAUACAGAUAAUCAUGGUGCGUUUGCAGAGAGUCACUUUCCUGGCACUUCACAACUACCUGGGACUGACAACCGAGCUUUUCAAUCAGGAGAGACAAGCAGUUCCGCUGUUCGCAGUCAACAGUGUGCUCACUGAGGGGAGUCCCAGCAGAGUCCCACGCAGAUCCCACUUACAGACACAAACAGAAGACGAGCACCUGCAGAGCUCUGGAGAGAACUUGACAGACUCGGAUGGAGGGCAAGCUGGUUCAUAUGAAAACAUGUCCACAGCCGCGCGGAGGUCUCGCUCGGUCUCGAUGCCUGUAGAGACCUCAGGAGUGGCAGGAAAUGACCUGAACAUGGCCUAUGAACGGGCCCGAGUCACCAUUGAUGAUACUCCAUCCAGUUCUGUCAUUCACAAGUCCAUUUUGAAGAAGAGUGUUACCAUGCAGCACGCUCCGUCCACUGUGAUUCACUACAUAAGCAAUGCACCACACUCUGACGUUCCCCCUUGUAAAGUGGGUGCCAUUUUCCAGGCCGCCAAGAAGGAUCUGCUGGGGAUUAUUCCGCUGCAGGACCCCAGUUUGCUGGAGGGCAGAGUAACGCUCCAUCAAGUUAAAGCUGGAUCUGUUGUAGCUCGCCAAGGAGAUCAGGAUGUAAGUGUGCAGUUUGUGAUCUCGGGCACACUGCAUGUGUACCAGCGGAUGAUUGACCGAGAGGUGGACACGUGUCUGUUUGUGGCUCACCCAGGAGAGCUGGUGGGUCAGCUGGCCGUAUUGACGGGUGAGCCACUUAUCUUCUCCGUACGGGCGCAUCGGGACUGCAGCUUCCUGUCCAUCUCGAAAACACACUUCUAUGAGAUCAUGCGAGCUGAGCCCACGGUGGUGCUGAAUGUGGCUCAUACAGUUGUAAGAAGGAUGUCAUCUUUCGUCAGGCAGAUUGAUUUUGCCCUUGACUGGAUGGCUGUGGAGGCGGGCAGAGCUGUCUACAGGCAGGGUGAUAAGUCUGACAGUACUUUUAUAGUGCUCAGCGGCCGCCUGCGUUCUGUCAUCAUGAAGGAGGAUGGGAAAAAGGAGCUGACUGGAGAGUACGGUAGAGGAGACCUCAUUGGAGUGGUGGAGGCUCUGACCCAUCAGAACAGAGCAACUACUGUUCACGCUGUUCGGGACUCAGAACUGGCUAAACUUCCUGAGGGUGCUCUCAGUUCCAUCAAGAGGAAAUUCCCACAGGUAGUCACAAGGCUUAUUCACCUUCUUGGACAGAAGAUACUCCAGCAAGUUAAUGGACCUUUGACAGCUCGCAGUCUAGCUCUACACACGCCUGGUAGUAAAUGGGACGCGGGGAACCCUGCCUCAAACCUGUCCACUGUCACUGUGCUCCCGGUAUCAGAGGAGGUUCCUCUGACUGCGUUCACCCUGGAACUUCAGCAUGCACUCUUAGCUAUCGGCCCCACUCUUCUCUUGACUAGUGACAUCAUCAAACAGCGCCUCGGCUCUGCUGCGUUAGACAGUGUGCAUGAGUACAGGUUAUCGAGUUGGCUGGGCCAGCAGGAAGACAUCCACCGCAUAGUCCUAUAUCAGACAGAUGUGUCACUCACUCCAUGGACUCAGCGCUGCAUCAGACAGGCCGAUUGCAUCCUCAUCGUGGGACUGGGAGAGCAGGACCCAGCCGUGGGAGAGUUGGAACGUAUGUUAGAGGGGAGUGCGGUGAGAGCGCAGAAACAGCUGGUGUUGUUGCACCGCGAGGACGGCCCUCCUCCCAAAGGAACAGCCGAAUGGCUCAACAUGCGGAGCUGGAUCUCCAGGCACCUUCACCUGUCCUGCCCCCGCAGGGUCUUCUCCAAGAGGAGCCUGCCAAAAUUGAGAGAAAUGUACCAGCGUUUGUUCCAGAAACCCGCUGAUCGCCACUCUGAUUUCUCACGUCUGGCCCGUGUUCUUACGGGCAACGCCAUUGCGCUGGUGCUGGGGGGCGGAGGAGCCAGGGGCUGUUCUCAGGUGGGCGUCAUUCGAGCAUUGAGUGAGGCGGGAAUCCCCAUUGAUCUGGUGGGCGGCACCUCUAUCGGUUCCAUGAUGGGCGCGCUGUACGCAGAGGACCGCAGUUACAGCAGGAUGAAGAUCAGAGCCAGAGAAUGGGCGAUGGAAAUGACAUCAGUGUUUAAGAAAAUGCUGGACUUGACCUACCCUGUCACUUCUAUGUUUUCUGGUGCUUCGUUUAACUCUAGCAUUAAUGCUGUCUUCAAGGACAAACAGAUAGAGGAUCUCUGGAUCCCAUAUUUCAACAUCACCACAGAUAUCACUGCCUCCACGAUGAGAGUGCACACUGACGGCUCCCUGUGGAGGUAUGUGCGUUCCAGCAUGUCUCUUUCUGGUUACCUGCCACCACUGUGUGAUCCAAAAGAUGGACACCUGCUCAUGGACGGAGGCUACAUCAACAACCUGCCAGCGGAUGUGGCACGCUCCAUGGGUGCCAAAGUGGUUAUUGCCAUCGAUGUGGGCAGCCAAGAUGAAACCAACCUCACCAACUACGGGGACGCCCUUUCUGGCUGGUGGCUGCUAUGGAAACGGCUCAACCCACUGGCUGAGAAAGUCAAAGUGUUGAACAUGACUGAGAUCCAGGCCCGGCUGGCUUAUGUGUGCUCAGUGAGACAGCUUGAAUCUGUUAAGAAUAGCGACUACUGUGAAUACCUCAGACCUCCCAUCGACAGAUACCGCACACUUGAGUUUGGCAAGUUCGAUGAGAUUAGCGAAGUGGGCUACCAGCAUGGGAAGACGGUGUUUGAUGUGUGGUGCAGGAGUGGCGUGGUGGAAAAGAUGAUGAAAGACAGACAUCAGGAGGAAUUCCACAAAACGCAGAGCAACAAUUUGGUAACCUGUCCAAAUGCUUCCUUCACUGAUCUGGCUGAGAUUGUCUCACGGAUUGAGCCAGUCAAACCAGCUCUUGUGGAUGAUGAAUCGGAGUAUCACACAGAAUAUGAAGAGGAGAUGGCAGAGAGCGCACUGUCAGACAUUGAGCUCUACAACCAUUACAGUGAGCACACAGAGGAGGAACUGACCGCAGACACUGAUGAAGAAUUCGAGAGGUCUCAUAGGCAGCGUGUGCGUUCUGACGUGGAAAACCUAGGGCCCGUGUCCUCCAAAACACCACAGACCUCUAGCCCCAAUGGUUCUCCAGCACUCCACAAAAGAAAAGCACAAGGACUAAAACCCCUCCAUCCCGACCACUGACCCAGAUAUCAGCAUGGCAGUGAAAAAACACUGGCACUCCCAUGAUUUGGGGUUUGGCCUUCUGUACACAUUCCAGUCACACCAAGUACAUCCAGGCCUUGAGGAACAGGGACUGAGUACUUUAUGUAUUUACACAAGCCUUUUUCCCCUCUCAUAAAAAAAUCCAAAGAAAACAUCUAUUGCUGCAAUUUAAGUUUAAGAUGGACAUGCUGGGUAACAUGGCAUGAGGUUGAAAUAAUACCUGGCCUCGCAUGUGAGCAGUAACUCAAGACUAUCCCAGAGUGUCUGUGAAGUUUCAUGCUGACUAUGAGCUCUUUUGAUUGCCAAGCGUUGUCUUCACUCCGUCUUGCAUUACUGGUUAAUCAAUAGAGUAGGAAAUUCCACAAUUAAGACAAUCAGCUACAACAUUCUUUACAAACAGUUAGAUUGGAUUGCAUGUUCGGCUGAUUAUUUCUUCUGUAAAUGAAAGUAGCAGAAAAGAGCGAAAUAAUGAUUUAGAGUUAAAAAAAUAAAGUGAUAUUGAAUGUAGAGUUCUCUGUUUAUAAGCUCAGAUGACAAUGUUGACUUUUUGUUUCAUUUAAACCUCUCAAAGACUGUUUGGCAAGUUGAUUUGGCUGUUUCACACAUGUCAGUAACUCCUAGCUCAGGGGUACAUGAUCUAUGGACAGUUGAGUGAUCGAUUUAAACUAACCAGCGUCGAUAAUCACACCGAAUGUGUCUGAUGAGUUAAUCAUGCCUCUAGCUGCAUGUGAUCAAACAAUGCAACUCAGAAAAGCAAGCCUAUCAAUGCAAUACUUUUUAUAUUUCUUGUUUUUGUUGUGAAAAUCACUGUAUGAUACCUGUAGUGCCUUUUAAUCUUAGUACUAGCCAUA